AAUAAUGUAUUUUUCAUAUUUUAUCAUAGAUUCGAAUAAUAGCAAUUUAUUUCCAGUCAAAAUGUCAGUGCUGUGGUGAGUACGUAUAUAUAUUUCAUUGUAAUUUAUAUAAGGCUAUAUGUGAUUUGUUGAUAAGUAGCAUCCACUAAUAAAAAUAUCAGUAAAAUACUUAAUUCCGAAUAAUAAUCUCAAAUUUGUAUUCCAUUCAUCAGUACCAUGUUCGAUGUUUAGGUUAUCUUUUUUUCGCAAACUUCAAUUUAAAUGCUGCUUGCGCAGAACUUAUUUAUUUAAUGUCAUUAUAAACUCAUAUAAAUUUGGUGUAGGUCCCAUAUCUAAUAAUUGAGAUAUCGGUAUACCCAAAAUCCACCAGCCGCCACUGAUGUGUGGUAUUAUUUGAUUUUAAGAUAUUUAGUGUAUAUUAUGCUCAAAGUUGCAAUAAGUCUUAUAUUUUCCAAUAAAUUAUGUAUUUAAUAAGUACCCUGGUAUACUCGUCACUUCCCUUGCAUUCAAAUUUAGAAAACAGAUAUUUCAGAAAUUGUGACUGGCCCGGUCUGGAGCAGUAUAUUUAUUAUAUUAUCUAUGUUCUCAUAACAAAAUACUGUUUAAUUUUCUCCGAAAACUAUAUAAACAAAAUGAGGUCAAAAGUUGCCCAACUUUUGUAGAAUCACCCAUAUAAGUAUUUCAUAUUUAUAAUGAACGUAUUGAAUUAUUAUUUAUUGGUUAUAUGUACUUACUCAAGUUUUCUUCAUUUUUGUGUAGGUAGAUAUUUUUUGAAGUGUUUCACAAAAUUAUAAUAAAUGUUCAACUAUCCCGCCGUUAUUAUCCACACAAAGUUGACGCGGCGUAGAAAAUUAUGAUGUGUCGUUCUUGCUAUCAUACCCGGAUGAUUUCGGAUUUCAUCUGCCGCUGCAGUGACAAGUUCGCAGAGCUGUUCUAAUGUGUGAACUUCGCUCUGGUACACUAAACUGUUUAUGUAGCCCCAGAGAAACCAAAAUAACAACUACCAGGUUUGUAAGAACCAUCAUCCCACAAUUUCUCGUUUAUAUCGGGGAUCCAUUGUCCUUCAAGGCCGGAUCCGGGUUCAAUACGUGCAAGACCAAUACCGCCAAGACCAAUACCACCAAGACCAAUACCGCCAAGACCAAGACCGACUGCUGGAGCUCCUAAGGCGAUGCCACCGCCUAGAACACCAGGACCGGCUCUAGUAACGAUUCCCGAAGGGCCUACCAAGGUGGCUGAUCCAGCUGGUGCAAGACCAAUACCAAUACCGCUGGCGUUGACAUAGGCAAUGCCCACAACGAACAGGGAUAAAAUCUAAUAAAAUAAAAACGAAUCCACUUUAAAAGUUUUUCCACAUAACACUGCACUGCACUGUUUAAUCCGUAUUAUUGUUGAAUACUCACCAAUUUUUGCAUUGUGUAUGGUUAGCAGUUCUAACUAUGCGACAUAGGCUUUUGUUAUUUGGUUUUAUAGCAGACAAUAACCUUGCCCACACCCCUAUACAUAUGCCAUUUCUUCGUGUUUAUAAAUAGAGUCGUUGCAAGCUCAAAAAUUAUUGCACCAGAAAGCCGUUUUAAAAAUUAAAAAUCUCCCUGAUUAAAACUGUUCCUUGUUGGAAAAUAUAAGUAUAAUUAUUAUUUCAUUAUAAUGUAUAAUAUUAUUGAUAGUAGUAGUAUCCUUAUAUAUAAUUUUUUAAAAGUAAAAAAAAAGAUGUAUACUAUACAAUGUAUUCUGUUAUCCUUUUAUAUAUUCCAGAUUUAUUUAUAAUAAAAUGCUAAUAAUUAGUUUUAUAAUGUUUGUAUUGGCCUACAUUUUAUUAAAAUAUUGGUAAUAUUGAAAAAAAUUAAAUCAUACACAAAAAUAUAAGGAAAUAACUUACCUACCAUUUAUCUCAUAGAAAAAAAAUACACAAAUUCGGCAGUCAAGGUUACAUUUUUAAUAUAUAAAGAGAUUUCGGGUUCGUUAAAAUUAUCAGUUUAUAAAACUACCAACCAAAUCAACCAAAAUGAACUCCAUGAUUGCUGUAGUCGCCUUGUUUGCCGCUUUGGCCUCCACCCAAGCUGGUUUAAUCGUUGGCCCAUCAGCCCAUAUCCUUCAAGGACCCAGCUCCAGAUCUACCAUCGUGGGUCCCGAUGGCAGCUCCAUCUCUUCCGUAGCUCCAGGAGGCCAAAUCAUCACCGAAGAACACGCCGGAGUUGUCGCUCAUUCCGCUCCAGUUUUGGCUCACUCUGCCGUCGUUGCUCACUCCGCCCCUGUGGUAGCCCACUCCGCUCAAUUUGUAGCCCACUCCGCUCCAAUUGUUGCUCAUUCCGCUCCAGUUUGGGCACACUCUGCCCAAGUUCUUGCCCACUCUGCUCCAGUAGUGGCCGCUCACCACGGUUUGGUGGCUCAUGGAGCUGACAGCACUGUUAUUUCUGGACCAUCCGGAGUUAUUUCCACAAACUCUUUGGGACACCCAUCUGUCGUAGCUCAUGGUGUUCAUGGAGUUCAUGGAGUUCAUGGAAUUCACGCUGGAGUCGUUUAUUAAAUGGUUUUUUAAUUUUACUGUAAUAUUU